UACCUUACUUUAUUAGCUAGUCCAAAUCCAGUUCAUCUUAGUAAUAUUAAGCAAAAAACAACGAUGAGUUUGAUCUCAAACAGGACUAAUCGGAGCUCCCUUCGAAAAGGAGAUCAUGUGUACAGCUACAGAAAUCUGCAUGCAUAUUCUCACCAUGGAAUAUAUGUUGGGGAUAAUAGAGUGAUCCAUUUCACAAGAACACAAGAGUCCGAUUCAGAAUCAUCUGCAGAUAAUAAUCUCAAAAUCAAGAGAUGUAAACACUGUGGAUACGAGCCAAAGAAGGACCGAGGAGUGGUGAAGACCUGCCUUAAGUGCUUCCUGAAAGGCCACAGGCUCUUUCGCUUCAAGUACGGUGUCCCAUCGUCUAACUUAGUCCUCAACCGCUCAGGAACAUGCACCACCGGCUCUUGCAGCUACUCCGAAGACGAAGUCGUCCAACGCGCCACCGAUAUUCUAAACUCCGACGAGGGGUUCGGCCACUACGACAUUUUCGAAAACAAUUGCGAGGCCUUCGCGAUGUACUGCACGACUGGCAAGAGUGUAAGUCUGCAAGCCUUUUCUUUCAAAAACAAAGGAGAGAUUGCAUCAGAAGUUAUGAGACGCCAGUCCUUUUCUAUGAAAAAGGCCAUUGAAAGUGGCUUAAAUUUGGUGGUGAAAAAUAGGAUCGAGACCCUUCACUAUGAUAUGAAAAUGCAUCACCAGGAUCGCAGUGUAUAGCAUAAGACUUUUAAUGUGAUUAUGGUGAUGAGAAAAGAUAUACUCUAUCAUUGGAAUAAAGACUCAAUGGAGGGUAGUCAAUGUAUUGCCUGAUUCUAAAGUGUAUAUGCAUGAUUAAUUGAAGACUUCAAGUCAUGUUGGUGAUGAUGUAUAACAUAAGACUUUUGAUGUGAUUAUUGAUUUGUACUUGUGGUAUAAAUAAUUCUCAUAAUAGUAACUCUCUUCAAAAGAUUUCUAUUU